AUGUUUGCAUCAAGUUUUGCUUGGUUUUACGGCAGAGAUGCUCCUGAUCGAUGGUCUGUUGGAGGGGUCUUCCCGCUUCCCAGCAAAAUUGUCUAUGGCGCGAAAAAUCGAUCGUUAAGCUAUGACAAAAUAGGAAUUGACCUCGGAGACAUGAAAAAUUGCGACAUUCUUCUGUCAAUGGCGAAUAAUUACAUGAAUUCUUGGCUAUUCCCAUUCCCCGUGGAAGUGAAAACCGGAAGAACUGAUGAUUUUAUUAUUACGGUAACUGUCAAAGAAGGAUGCCCAAAGGGACCACCGAUUCAUGGUGUUAGCGAAGAAUACCUUCUUCGAGUUUCAUACUCGGAAGCCGUUAUCAACUCGCAGACCGUUUGGGGUGCUCUCCGAGCAAUGGAAACAUUCAGUCAAUUGAUAUUCUACAACAAAGAAAGCAAAGAAUAUCAAAUUCGAACAGCUGAAAUAGUGGAUAAACCAAGAUUCCCAGUUCGUGGCAUUAUGAUUGAUUCGAGUCGUCAUUUUUUGUCAGUCAAUAUCAUUAAACGUCAGUUGGAUAUCAUGUCUAUGAACAAGCUCAAUGUUCUGCAUUGGCAUUUGGUCGACAGUGAGUCAUUCCCAUAUGUAUCGGAAAAGUUUCCAGAGCUACACACUGUGGGAGCGUAUUCUCCGAAACAUGUGUAUUCACGAAAAGACAUUGCGGACGUCAUUAAUUACGCAAGGUUGCGCGGCAUCGGAGUAAUUCCAGAGUUUGAUCUUCCAGGUCAUACAUCUUCAUGGCGAGGGCGAGAAGGCUUUUUGACGGAGUGUUUCGAUGAGCAAGGAAGAAAUACACAUCUUCCCAAUUUGGUUGAUCCGAUGAACGAAACAAACUACGAAUUUAUUGCUCAAUUCUUGGAUGAGGUAACUGAAACAUUCCCGGAUGAGUUCUUGCAUCUUGGUGGAGAUGAAGUUGCGGAUUAUCUUCUAGAAUGCUGGGUGAGAAAUAAGAAAAUUAGACAAUUUAUGGACGAACACGGAAUGGGAAACGAUACGAUACAAUUGGAAAACUAUUUCUUUGAAAAGCUUUUCAAGAUUGUUCAUGACCUCAAGAUUAAGAGGAAACCAAUAUUUUGGCAAGAAGUAUUUGAUAACAACAAAGCGGAUCCAAAAUCAAUCAUUCAUAUUUGGAAAGGAGAUACUCAUGAAGAAAUUUACCAGCAAAUUGCCAAUGUUACGUCGAAAAACAUUCCAGUUAUAGUAUCUGCUUGUUGGUAUUUAAAUUAUAUUAAAUAUGGAGCUGAUUGGAAGGAUUUGAUUUCUGGAACGGUUGCUUCCAACUCUCAAUAUUACUAUUGUGAUCCAACCAACUUCAACGGCACUGAAGCGCAAAAAGAAUUGGUUCUUGGCGGAAUCGCGGCAAUUUGGGGAGAAUAUGUGGAUAAUACAAACAUUGAAGCAAGACUAUGGCCAAGAGCGUCAGCUGUGGCUGAAAGAUUAUGGUCGCCAAUUGAGAAAACAUUGAACGCAUCGGAUGCUUGGCCAAGAAUGCACGAGCUUCGUUGCCGAUUGGUAGCUCGCGGAUACCGUAUUCAGCCAAUCAAUAACCCGGAUUAUUGCCCAUUCGAAUUUGAAGAAUCCUUGCCAGUAAAAAAUGAACUUUGA